AUGGCGGCAGACACGGCGGUGGCCCCCAGCCCCGAGGAGACCCUGGAGUCUCUGCUGCGGGAGGUGGAGGCCUUGAAGCAGAAGCUGGAGGAGGAACGACAGAAACUAAACGACGCUUCUUUGUCAUUUGUGGCCGAGAGAUUGGAAACUAUAAACUUUCCCACACUGAAGUUGAGGCGCAUGCUCAAGGGCCACCAAGCCAAAGUCCUCUGUGCCGACUGGUCCCCGGACAAGAGACACAUUGUGUCUUCAUCACAGGAUGGAAAGCUGAUAAUUUGGGACGCGUUCACAGCCACCAAGGAGCUCACUAUCCCGAUGCCCAGCACGUGGGUGAUGGCGUGCGCGUACGCUCCCUCAGGGAACAUGGUGGCCGCGGGGGGACUCGACAACAAGGUGACGGUGUUCCCACUGGGAGGAGAGGAGGAGCCCGCCGCGCGCAAGCGGACCGUGGCCACGCACACGUCGUACAUGUCGGCCUGCCUGUUCCCCAACACGGACCGCCAGCUGCUGACGGCCAGCGGGGACGGCACCUGCGCGCUCUGGGACGUGGAGUCGGGCCAGCUGCUGCAGAGCUUCCAGGCCCACGCCGCCGACGUGAUGGCGCUCGACCUCGCGCCCACCGACAUGGGGGACGCCUUCGUGUCCGGGGGCUGCGACCGCGCCGUGCUCGUGUGGGACAUGCGCUCCGGCCACGCCGUGCAGGCCUUCGACACGCACCUGUCUGACGUGAACAGCGUGCGCUACCAUCCGUCCGGGGACUCGGUGGCCUCGGGCUCGGAUGACUCCUCCUGCCGCCUGUUCGACCUGCGCGCCGACCGCGAGGUGGCUCGCUACGCCAAGGACAGUCUGCUGUUCGGAGUGAACUCGGUGGACUGGUCGGUCAGCGGGCGGCUGCUGUUCGCGGGCUGCAGCGACUACACGGCCAGCGCGUGGGACGCGUUGCGCGCGGUGCGGGUCGGCACGCUGACGGGCCACGAACACCGCGUCACGCGCGUGGCGCUCUCCCCGGACGGCACGGCGCUGGCCACGGCCUCAUGGGACUCCACGCUCCGCCUGUGGGCCUGA